UAAGCUUAUUAUUUCUGUAGCAGAUCAUUAUAUAAAUUAAUUACACAGUCACGCUAGUCGUCCCGCUUUAAUGAUUUUCAAUACUGAAGAACUUACAUCACGGUUAACAGAUAUUGUAUCAUUGAUAAAAGAGGAAACUGCUUUUUUAACAUCAUAGUCGAAGAAACAACAAAGUCAAGGGCAAAAAACCCCGAAACAGAGGGGCGGUCAGGCGAAACAGUGCAUCUUUUGCUAUCGCAGAAAUUGUGCGGCUUCGCAAGUAGUGACACGUCUAGACUUAAGUAAUCUGUGGAUUCUCGAUAUCAAAAAUUGUCAGAGAUAAGCCAAGUAUGAGUUUAUAAUAGGAGUUCCCUGUACGUUUUUAAUAGGCUCAUCAGUAUUCUCUUUCGCAUUGUACUUUUAGUCACGCGUGAAAAUGGAAGGCGCGAAUAUUUUAAUCUGUGGUUUUCUUCUGGUAUUUAUGGCCGAUGGAAAUUCCGGCCUACAAUGCUUCGUUUGCCAAAAUUGUAAAGAGGUAACACGGGACAACGUCCAAACAUGUGAACCACUAAGUCCAUCCACUACGGUGCCUACAGUUACGGAACCUUAUCAGACUACCACUGAAGCUACAACCACGACCACUGAAGCCACAACUACAACUAUAGAACCAACUACUACGACUACGACAACAGAAGCAACAUCCACUACUACAGAACCUACAAUUGUGACAACCGAAGCUACUACAACAACUGAGGUUACAAGUACAACAGUAGAACCUACUACUACUUCAACUACGAUUUUAACAACCGAAGCUACGACUACAACAUCUGAACCUACAACUAGUACAUCUGAAGCCACAACUACUAUAACGACCGAAGCUACGCCUACAACAACUGAACUUACAACUACAACAGCUGAGGCUACAGCUACUACAACUGAACUUACAACUACGGCAGCUGAACCUAUGACUACUACAUCUGAACUCACUACUAUGACAACUGAAGCUACCGCUACUAUCAGACAGCAGACUUCUGACCUCACCGGCAGUUUAAGUGUAAAGAACCGAUUCUACAGGAGUGUCAAGCAAGAUAGAGAAGAUGACGUGCAAGUGAGAUGCGUUGUCACCAGUUACAUGGAAGAAAAUGGUGAAGAAAAUGUAGUCCGCGGCUGUUCAUAUGAACCUACUAACACAACAGCUAGUUGCCACGAAGCCAUCGGGCGGGAUGAUGUGGACCUGGUCCGUUGUUCCGUUUGCGACGGCGAUCUUUGCAACUCCGCGGCGGUAGCGGCCGUCACUUUUGUACCAUUAAUCUUAGGAUUAUUGAUUAAUUUAUAAAUAACUAGCGACCCGUCCCGGCUUCGCAUGGGUUAACAAAUUAUACACCGGAACCUUCCUCAAGAAUCACUCUAUUGAUAGAUGAAAACCGCAUGAAAAUUCGUUCAGUAGUUUUUGAGUUUGUCGCGAACAUACAAACACACA